AUGUCGUCGGCGACCAACGCUGUGCUGUCAGCUGCAGCUGCUCGCGGACUACACUUCAACGUUUCUGGACGAUGCCGACAUGAGUCUCAAAUCUCCCUCUCAAGCCUGCGAUCCUGCGAGCGUGUGAAAUUGUCUCUUCCAUCGCGUCGUCUUACGAGUGGAGGCGCCCGGAGUUUACCCACCUUGACUGGGUCAGCGAGAGAAAAUUCACGACUAGCUGUGGCGGCGGUAGCAGCGGGUCAAGAGGCAAGCUCUGAUGGAGGCUCAGUGUCUGAUGUGGAGAAGAUUAAAGGCAACAUCCUGCGUCUCGUGGCACCCUUGGAUCGCGGAAUAGCAGCGUCACCACAGCAAGCCAAGGAGGUCGAGGCUGCCGUGGCCCUCCUCGAGCUCGCCGCCGCUCCGCUCGACUUCUCCCCGCCGCCGCCGGUAGAGGAGGACCACAUCGGCGGAAUGGCAAGCAGGGCGCGCGCGGAGGGGAAGCCGUUGACAGGCGAGACGGACAUGGGCGUGGCCGUGAAGGGGAUUGGCCGGGGUGUGAGCCGCGAUCUGGCUUUGCUGGACGGCACGUGGCGGCUGGUAUACAGCAGUGGGUUCGUUUCAGGCAGCCUUGGGGGACUCCGACCUGGCCCGCCUGCUGGAGGGCCGGUGUCCAUUGGACAGGUGACACAGCGUGUGGAUGUGACUGCAAAGGAGCUUGAUAAUAUUGUGGAGCUCAGAGUCAGUGCUCCAUGGCCACUACCUGCACUGGAGGCCACUGCGUCACUGCAGCACACUUUCCAACUCACCGGACCUUCAUCUAUCCGUAUAAUAUUUGAAAGCACCGCAGUGAGACCCAAUGGCUCAUUCCCUCCGCCGUUUACUGUUUUCCAGUUGCCGGCUUUCCUCCGGCCACCUCCUGAGGUUCGUAGCGGAGGCUUCAGAACCAGCUACCUUGAUGGAGAUUUCAGAAUCAGCAGGGGGGACAAGGGGGAAGUAAGGGCGUUCGUCCGGGCCUGA